GGGGGGUACCAAUGACAGAGGAAGUUUCAAUCGUACACGAAUAUCAAGUCCUUUAUUCAAACAGAGUGAGACAAAAAGAUAAGAAAUGGAAUGAUGGCAAACUACAAUUCUACGAACUAAAUAGCAAGCUUCAAUUAUUCAACAGUGACAACCACCUAAUCUCCACUGAUUUUAUCCGAGAUAGACCCAUUUCUUUCAUACUAGCCAACGUGUUGGUGGAAGAUAAUGAAUUCGCGUUCCCCAGCAACAAGUACAUUAUUCAGAUUCAGGAUAAAAUGGGUGUGGUUGAACGGGAUAUCUCGUUUAAGAAACGGUCACAGGUUAAACAGGAACAAGGGUCACCGCGUCCUGCAACUAUCAGUGUUAAGCGAAGAGUAUCGGUAAAGCAAGAACCAGUAAACAAGAAAGAUAGAAUAAUAACGAGGUUGCAACAAGUGGUUGUAAAAGCAGAACCAAAACCAACUCCAAAACCAAGCUCUUCAAAGAACUUGCAAGUAGCAUUGGCUAAUACUGAUCUAAAUAUUAGAAAACGACUUCCCAUAAGAAUUCCUCCGAAAUCUUCACAAUGGUUCGCCUACAUAAACACGCCAUCAGAUGGCACUAAUGCAACCCAAAAUAACAAGAAUAAAGUUACCCUGGAAAUAAAACAAGAGCCAGUGUUUGAUUCGGGCACAAGCGUCGAACAAGCCAAUAUAAUUUACGAUUUAUCUGAUUUUGAAGAAGAUGCUAGAUUUGCUGAUAUGCUUAAACGGCGAGAACAGAAUAAAUCAUCCACCAAGAACACACCUUCAAGUGAAAACUACAAUCAAGCCCAUGAAUUCGAUCUUUCUUCACAAUCAGACUUUGCUGAUGUAGAUUUGUAAAAAUAUAUAGCUAUACAACCAAUAUAAGCUAAACCAAAAAACCAAAAACAUCAUAACCAAACAUGAAUACCAUAGUCCAAGUAUUAACUGGCUUGUUGCUUCUGUUGCUGAGCUUGUUCUCUAGCGACGAGCAUAGGAACAGCAUUCGAGCUGAAUAUUUUGAUAACUGGAAAGGAACUUACUAAACCGUUAAUAGCAGCUAAGGCAGGACGAUUUGAAACUCGAGCGAGAUAACUUUGAGCAGGCAAUUCAGCAUAAACCUUUUUGUCAUAGUUUAUUCCAAUAGCAGCCUUAGUGGGAGCAUCUAAAGUAGCAGUGUUUGUACUCAUGGUUGUAUCUGGU